AUGCAGAUUUUCGUGAAGACAUUGACUGGUAAAACGAUCACGUUGGAAGUCGAGCCGAGUGACACUAUUGAGAAUGUGAAGGCUAAAAUCCAAGAUAAAGAAGGAAUUCCACCCGAUCAACAGCGUCUGAUCUUUGCUGGGAAGCAGCUGGAAGAUGGCCGUACAUUGUCUGAUUACAAUAUCCAGAAAGAGUCUACUCUUCACUUGGUGUUGCGUCUUCGUGGUGGUAUGCAGAUUUUCGUGAAGACAUUGACUGGUAAAACGAUCACGUUGGAAGUCGAGCCGAGUGACACUAUUGAGAAUGUGAAGGCUAAAAUUCAAGAUAAAGAAGGAAUUCCACCCGAUCAACAGCGUCUGAUCUUUGCUGGGAAGCAGCUGGAAGAUGGUCGUACAUUGUCUGAUUACAAUAUCCAGAAAGAGUCUACUCUUCACUUGGUGUUGCGUCUUCGUGGUGGUAUGCAGAUUUUCGUGAAGACAUUGACUGGUAAAACGAUCACGUUGGAAGUCGAGCCGAGUGACACUAUUGAGAAUGUGAAGGCUAAAAUUCAAGAUAAAGAAGGAAUUCCACCCGAUCAACAGCGUCUGAUCUUUGCUGGGAAGCAGCUGGAAGAUGGCCGUACAUUGUCUGAUUACAAUAUCCAGAAAGAGUCUACUCUUCACUUGGUGUUGCGUCUUCGUGGUGGUAUGCAGAUUUUCGUGAAGACAUUGACUGGAAAAACGAUCACGUUGGAAGUCGAGCCGAGUGACACUAUUGAGAAUGUGAAGGCUAAAAUCCAAGAUAAAGAAGGAAUUCCACCCGAUCAACAGCGUCUGAUCUUUGCUGGGAAGCAGCUGGAAGAUGGCCGUACAUUGUCUGAUUACAAUAUCCAGAAAGAGUCUACUCUUCACUUGGUGUUGCGUCUUCGUGGUGGUAUGCAGAUUUUCGUGAAGACAUUGACUGGUAAAACGAUCACGUUGGAAGUCGAGCCGAGUGACACUAUUGAGAAUGUGAAGGCUAAAAUCCAAGAUAAAGAAGGAAUUCCACCCGAUCAACAGCGUCUGAUCUUUGCUGGGAAGCAGCUGGAAGAUGGCCGUACAUUGUCUGAUUACAAUAUCCAGAAAGAGUCUACUCUUCACUUGGUGUUGCGUCUUCGUGGUGGUAUGCAGAUUUUCGUGAAGACAUUGACUGGAAAAACGAUCACGUUGGAAGUCGAGCCGAGUGACACUAUUGAGAAUGUGAAGGCUAAAAUCCAAGAUAAAGAAGGAAUUCCACCCGAUCAACAGCGUCUGAUCUUUGCUGGGAAGCAGCUGGAAGAUGGCCGUACAUUGUCUGAUUACAAUAUCCAGAAAGAGUCUACUCUUCACUUGGUGUUGCGUCUUCGUGGUGGUAUGCAGAUUUUCGUGAAGACAUUGACUGGAAAAACGAUCACGUUGGAAGUCGAGCCGAGUGACACUAUUGAGAAUGUGAAGGCUAAAAUCCAAGAUAAAGAAGGAAUUCCACCCGAUCAACAGCGUCUGAUCUUUGCUGGUAAGCAGCUGGAAGAUGGCCGUACAUUGUCUGAUUACAAUAUCCAGAAAGAGUCUACUCUUCACUUGGUGUUGCGUCUUCGUGGUGGUAUGCAGAUUUUCGUGAAGACAUUGACUGGUAAAACGAUCACGUUGGAAGUCGAGCCGAGUGACACUAUUGAGAAUGUGAAGGCUAAAAUCCAAGAUAAAGAAGGAAUUCCACCCGAUCAACAGCGUCUGAUCUUUGCUGGGAAGCAGCUGGAAGAUGGUCGUACAUUGUCUGAUUACAAUAUCCAGAAAGAGUCUACUCUUCACUUGGUGUUGCGUCUCCGUGGAGGUUAAUUUUAUUUCAUUUCAUUUAACUUAAUAAACUUUUAAUUGAACUUAGUUCUCUACAUGUUUUGUUCUUGAUUCUCUAUGUGUGUGUUGAUACUCUUAUAGGUUAACCGGUUAUGUUGUGGUAAUUGUCUGAAUGCAGUAAGUUGCGAUGUCCUGCCAUAUCAAUUUGUAUCCAUACUUCGUCCUUGCUCUUACGCGUGGUAUGCGUUGUACGCCCUUACUGCGUUGGGUCGCAUUAAGUUCGAGGUUUGUCGUACAUUAUCACCAGCCCGGACUCGUAUGCUGGAGUGUAUGUGCGGAUAUGUCAACUCGCAAUUAUUGUUUGUAACAGGUCUUGCGGGAAUUUUUUUAUGCUCAAGACUCACUGAGUGUAUGUUCUCUUCAUGAUUGUUCAGGUGACAUCUGGAUGAGUCCAGACUACCUUCCUUAGGUCCGCGUAAUCGUUACCGGUGGUUAGAGACUGGGUGACAUAACUAAAGAUAAUUCACAGUAGCCCGGGCGCGUUUAUGUCUUCCUCUGAUUCUAAAUUAGUCUUGUUUAUUAGUCUAUACUUUCCCAAACUAUCUGCUAUGCUUGUUCCUUUCUUUUAUCACCAAUGCGGUUACCACUGAUAACCUAGGAUUUGUUUCGAUAAUUUCGUCUUACUGUGCAAAUCGGGUUUGGGUGAUGGACAAAUAUCGAACCAAGCGUAACGCAAGUCGAGAGAAGGCUAAAGACACGGGACUGUGUGAGCUUAUUUUUCCUAUGAUAAUCGGCCAGACUUUUGACCGGCAUCUUCACUAAAAUCAAGUUUUCAGAGAAAUAUCUUAGCAAGUUCAACGACGUGGCUUAAUAUCGUCUUAAUGGAACUAGCGUGUUUGUUUCCAGAAUCACUUAGGUGCUCUUCGUGUGAUGUAGGUGUCGUCUGUUUCAUUACCCUGUCAAUUUUCCUCAACCUCAUCAAAUAUAAGUGGUUGUUUGCAAUGGGUCGUUAUGCCUAAGUGUCAGUAUAUUCUUAGCUUUUACGGGUAGAGGCUUGGCAUCGCCCGAACCUAGUACCAAUAGCCGUUGUGCGGCAGUUCGAUAACCUGGAAGUAAAGCGGGUGUCUGGUAUGUCCGCGUUUGUUGACAACACUGCUGUUAGUUUAUUCAAUGGUCUGAUUGGCAAUGCUUAUUGGUCGUCCUUUAACGUAUAAACAGAAUUCCAGGUUGUACUGGUUCUUAAUUUUUAGGCUACAAGAAAAUCCCAGUUUUCUUAGACGUGGGGUGUUGAUAUCAGUAUUCCUCUUAGGCUUAAGUAUUAGCUUGAAUUUUUAUUCACGACUAGUAGGAGCUUCUCUAGGUCCAUUUUAUUAUUUUAGUAACUUCAUCUGGCAGUAUCACUGAGCAUCUUACAUGACGGAAAUUUCUCGUUCUGGGACUUAUGUCGAUCUAAAUCCGGAUAAGGGUUGGGAGUGGUGUUCGAAGCCCCAUGUUAGGAAAAGCUGCUACAGAGUUACCAACCAGAGUUGGCGAUCCUUAGAUAAUUCAUGUACCUUUAUUUCUUUUGACACUUCCUCGUCAUUGGAGGCGCUUUGGAUACGUUUGCAUUCAAAGUCUUGAUUCUCCAAGUCCGCCACAGUGAACGUUCUUGAAUUACUUAGUUCGGAUGAAGCCUUAAAUAUUCACUAACUGGGGGAUUCAGAAUACUUAUGUUACCCAUCUCUAUUUUUGGCCUAAGGAUUGGGAAGCAAAAUAAAGACGGCUUGAUGUCAUACACUAAUGCCUUCUAGUUGGUUACUUUCUGAUAUAAUAGCAACAGCCUUAACUUAAAAGCAUAUUUAAAUAUAUGGGGGUUUGAGAAUAUAACGGAAAGGUGAACUGGCGACUUAUUCCGAGACCAUAUUACUAGAACAAUUGAUGGGAUACCUAAAACUAGCUAAGCUGACCAUUAGUUGAUUUUCAGUGUCGUACUAUCGACGUUAAUCGGAUACUGACCCUUUGAUAUCUAGUUUAGAAGCCGAGAAAGUCGCAAGGAACUUGAAGUGUUUAGGAUAACAGUCUUCUAUUUCUCUUGUAGAUUAUGACUGGACUACUGCUUAAGCGUGCUGGUUAGAUGAUAAUAAUUCCAUGCUUUCAAUUGCUGACAACUUAAGUUCAUGAGAAAGGACAUCUAUCACUAUCAGCUUCACUAACAUGGUUUUUAAGCUUCUCUGCUCAUUUGACAUUUGAUUAGAAAAUAGGGAUAGGAAACCUUAAGUAAAUCAGAUAUAUCUCAAGUUUGGCUCGAAAUGUAUCGAUCAAGUAUCUACCAAUCGUCGUCUCAAGACAUAAUGAACAUCAACGGACUAAAGUUAUGUCCGAUUGCGCUGAUCGAGAGGUCUUGUGAUAGCACCUUUUAUUGAAAAGCGUUAAACAAAUAGAUAUAAUCGACGUAGAAAAUGGCAAGUGUAUACAUCAGUUUACAUUACCACAUUUCACCUCAGCAUAAUGAGACGGAAUUCGC